AUGCAGCACGUUACGUCGUUCUUUCGAUCUCAUUCCCAUCCAUUUGAUUUACCAACUGAAGGAAAGAAAACUUCUCGAAGGAAUUCAAGUAGUAGACCAUCGUUGAAAAGUCGCACACCAUCUUCAUCAGCCUCUUCUAUAGCAGAAGACAAAGCAGCCAAGAUGCCUGACCUUUCUCUUCCACACAAACGUAUUUCGAUACCCGGUCUUCACUCACCCAAGACUUCGUCGAAAUCCAUUCCCCAAUAUCAUGGUGCAACACUUGACUGUGCCAUUGAGUCACCUCCAUUGGUUCUCUAUGGUUCUACCAGCUCGAGUACCGGCGCAUUACUCUCGGGUCAAUUAAAGUUGCACAUUCACGACGAGAAAUUUGCAAUUGAGUCUUUCAAAAUGCGAUUGGCAUUGGAGGUCACGCAAAAGAAACCAUUCCAUGCGCAUUGCCAGGAAUGUACCCACCAAUCAAAGGAUUUAACGACUUGGAAUUUCCUUCAAGGUCCAGCUACACUCCGCAAAGGUGAACAUGACUUUCCAUUCAGCUUCCUCCUUCCUGGACAUCUACCCGCAAGUAUGAAGGGUAGCUUGUCCAACAUCGAAUACGUCCUCAAAGCUACAUUAGUGCCAAAGACUGGCGAGCCAAUGAAACUCUCCCACAUCCUCAACAUCAAGCGUGCCAUCAUCCCUUCCGACACACCUCGAAACUCGAUCCGAAUCUUUCCACCAACAAAUUUGACUGCCAACUGUCAACUUCCUCCCGUCAUCUAUCCAAUUGGUGAAGCAAACAUCUCCAUGCGCAUGGAUGGUGUUGUCAACCGUAAUGUGGACGCAAAGACACAGAACCAUUGGAAGUUGAAGCGUUUGACAUGGCGUCUGGAUGAAACUCACAAAGUUAUCUCACCAGCAUGCCCCAAACAUGCCUUAAAAGUGACCAAGGAAGGUGAGAACAAGAAAGGUGCUGCUCAUCAAGAUGCCCGUACUCUAGCUACUGAGGAGAUCAAAUCUGGAUGGAAAUCAAAUUACGAUACCGCGGAUGGAGCCAUUGAAAUCGAAUUUCCCAUCUCGAUUCGUCCUGAUGCAAAACCAAUCUGCGAUAUGAAAGCUGAGGAUGGUACAGAAGUCUUCCACACUCUCAUUGUCGAGAUGAUUGUUUCGGAAGAAUUCGCACCUAUCAAAAAACCCACACAAGUAACACCAACGGGAGGCGCAAGAGUUUUAAGAAUGCACUUCAACCUCACCGUUACCGAGAGAUCGGGCUUGGGCAUCUCAUGGGAUGAGGAACAACCUCCUCUAUAUGAGAAUGUUCCCGCCAGUCCCCCAACGUAUGUCAAUUCGGAAUUAUAUGACGGACCCCCCAUUCCCGAUUAUGAACAGUUACCCGCCUUGGAUGGCGCAAAUGGAAGUGACCACGGAGCUCAUUAA